AUGUCUCAUCUAGGCUGGAUCCUUUUUAUUGGAAUCAACCGUCCCAACAGAAAAAAUUGUGUCAACCAUGAGACUGCAAAAGAGCUGGUUGUUGCAUUUAAGCGAUUUAAUAAUGAUCCGGAUGUAAAAAUUGGAAUUUUAUAUGGAGAAGGCAAUACUUUUUGCUCUGGUUAUGACCUUUCCGAAGUGUCAAAACUGGAUACGACUUCUAUCGACGAGCAAUUCCCUCAUAAGUACCGCUAUAUGGGACCUUCUAUCAUGGAAUUGAAGAAGCCACUAAUUGCAGCCAUUGAAGGUUACGCGGUGGCUGGUGGUCUAGAAUUAUCACUUAUGGCGGACAUUCGAAUAUGCAGUAAAUCCUCCAUAUUUGGUGUUUUCUGUCGUAGAGCCGGUGUUCCACUGAUUGAUGGUGGAACGGUGCGGCUGCCGCGGAUUAUAGGUUUGGGAAGGGCUUUGGAUAUGACACUGACUGGCAGACCAGUAAAUGCAACAGAAGCUCUUCAAUGGGGCCUGGUGACUGAAGUAGUCGAGGAUGGUGAAGCUCUUGCCGCUGCCACCAAACUUGCCAGGGACAUUCUCAAACAUCCGUAUGAGUGCCUUCUCGCUGACAGACGAUCCGUACUGUAUUCUGUAGAAGCCAAAUCGAAAAACGCAUUCGCAUUUGAGCUGAACAGCUUAUCAGUGAUUCCAGCUGCUAUUAAAGGCGCUCGUACAUUUCUUGAACAAGACAAGGAAAGAAAAUCAAAGAUGUGAUGAAAACGUGAAUGAGUUACGGGAUUUUAACUUCAACAUAUAACACAUUUUCAAGUUUUAGAUAAAUGUCAG